CUUCAUUCCAGUGCACUAGACGGAUUCCCCCAGCCCUUCUGACGAUGGAUCUCUAUAACAUGUCUGGUUCCCCGAGCACCCGGGCCGUUAUGAUGACCGCCAAAGCUGUGGGAGUCGAGUUCAACUCGAUACAAGUUAAUACCUUUGUGGGGGAACAACUGGAGCCAUGGUUUGUAAAGAUAAACCCUCAGCACACGAUUCCAACCCUGGUGGACAAUUUAUUCGUUAUUUGGGAAACUCGGGCCAUUGUUGUCUACCUAGUGGAGCAGUACGGUAAGGAUGAUUCUCUGUACCCGAAGGAUCCCCAGAAGCAAGCGCUGAUCAACCAGCGUCUGUACUUCGAUAUGGGCACCCUGUACGAUGGCAUUGCCAAGUACUUUUUCCCACUGCUUCGGACGGGCAAACCCGGAACUCAGGAGAAUCUUGAGAAACUGAACGCUGCCUUCGAUCUUCUCAACAACUUCCUGGAUGGCCAGGAUUACGUGGCCGGCAAUCAGCUUUCAGUGGCAGAUAUCGUUAUAUUGGCCACCGUUUCCACAACCGAAAUGGUUGACUUCGAUUUAAAGAAGUUUCCCAACGUGGACAGAUGGUAUAAGAACGCCCAAAAAGUUACGCCGGGUUGGGACGAGAACUUGGCAAGAAUUCAAAGCGCCAAAAAAUUUCUAGCCGAAAACUUAAUAGAAAAGUUAUAAAUAUUAUAGAGAAAUGAUGGAUUUUAUCAAUAUUCAAUAAUUUAUAUUUGGUUUAUAUAAAUAAAGAAAACCGGAUAUUUAAAAGAUU